CGGCAAUACUCGCCUCUGUACCGCAACGGCGGCUGCCAGUAUGCGCGAGUCGUUUGGCAGCGAUGGCCAGCCGGGCUCGUAUACAGACAUCGACUUCACAAACUGCAUCUUGAUGGUCGGACACAACAUGGCGAACACUCAGACAGUGCUGUGGUCUCGUGUUUUGGACCGCCUGGCCGGACCCGAUCCUCCAAAGCUGGUGGUCGUGGAUCCUCGAGAAUCGGAGACGGCCAGGCACGCGACAGUUCAUCUGGCUCCAAAAGGUGGAACCAACGUUGCGCUGCUCAAUGGGUUGCAGCAUUUGAUCUUCAAGAACGGCUGGGUGAAUGAGGAGUGGGUGGAACAACAUACCGUUGGGCGACAGGAGCUGGAAAAGACCGUGGCCAAGUAUACGCCGGAAUAUGUGGAGCAAAUAACCGGUGUUCCUGCCAAUAUGCUGAAAGAAGCCGCCAAGAUCAUCGGCACCAGUGGUAGUCUCCUGUCCACUGCGUUACAGGGAGUCUAUCAAUCAAACCAAGCCACCGCGGCCGCCUGCCAGAUCAACAACAUCAACCUCUUGCUGGGACACAUUGGCAAGCCGGGCAGUGGUAUUCUUCAAAUGAACGGCCAACCGACGGCACAAAAUAAUCGUGAGACAGGAUGUGAUGGUGAAUAUCCAGGGUUCCGCAAUUUCCAGAACGAGAAACACAUGAAAGAGAUAGCCGACGUGUGGAAGAUCGACCUGGUGCACAUGCCGCACUGGAACCAGCCCACUCACAUUCAAAACAUGCUCAACUACAUCGAAGAUGGUACCAUCCAGAUGUUCUGGGUGUCUGGCACUAACCCCCUCGUCAGCCUACCCCAUCUCUACCGGGUCAGAGACCUUCUCACCAAACCAGAGUUAUUCCUAGUGGUGCAAGAUAUCUUCAUGACCGAGACGGCGGCCGUUGCAGAUGUCGUUCUCCCUGCCGCACAAUGGGGCGAGAAGACGGGAUGUUUCACCAACGUCGACCGGACCAUGCAUUUAUCGAUGAAGGCUGUAGACCCACCAGGGGAGGCUCGAGCAGACCUUGACAUCUGGCUUGACUAUGCGAAGCGCAUGGAGUUCAAGAACAAGUACGGGGAGCCUUUGAUUCCCUUCAUCUCGCCCAAAGAAGUGUUUGAUGAGUGGAGGAGGAUGUCGUUCGGUCGGCCCCUCGACUGCAGCGAACUGACAUAUGAGAAAUUGACCGGUGGAUCGGGGAUCCAGUGGCCAUGCACUAAAGAACAUCCGUAUGGCAAAGACCGCUUGUUUGACGACGGGAAGUUCUUCACAGAUACGGAUUACUGUGAGAGUUAUGGUCAUGAUCUGGAGACCGGUACCCCGUACACCAAGACGCAAUACCAGGCGAUGAACCCUGCUGGCCGGGCCAUUCUCAAGUCGGCACAUUACAAACCAUCGCUGGAGACCCCAGAUGAGGACUACCCUCUCCUUCUAUCCACUGGUCGAAACGUCUUCCACUUUCAUACGCGCACCAAAACCGGGAGAGCGAGGCGCUUGCAGCAAGCUGAUCAGGAGCCGAUUGUGCAGAUCUCGGUGGAAGACGCCAAAGCCCUCCAUCUCACUGAAGGGGAGCUGGUGAUCGUGCGAUCCCGACGAGGGAGUGUUGAGCUCCCAGUAAGAAUCGGGGGGAUCAACGAAGGACAUGUUUUCAUUCCUUUUCACUUUGGGUAUUGGGACGCUACGGACGGGAGAGCAAGGGCGGCGAACGAGCUUACAAUUGAGCAAUGGGACCCAGUUUCCAAACAGCCGAUGUUCAAGUCCGGUGCCGUCCGCAUUGAAAAGUGUGUCCAAAAGGAAGAAGAACGACAAACGAUGGCCGUUCGGAGUGUCGAGCAGAAGAAACCCGACGCGGCAAGCAGCGCGCGAGACAAUAGCAAGAACAAGAAGCUCAUCCGUCGGCUGGAGCUGUGGCUGGGAGCGACUGACCAGGCAUUGGAGAUGCUGCGCGACAUGUACGUAGACAUGAUCCCUCGUUUGGUCCAUGACAUGGAGAUCCAAGGCGGUCUCCAGGUGAUGAGACGCAUUACCUGUGAGGUUUUGGACCACUUCAAGCCCAUUAUCGAGCGAUACCACGAGAGCCAACAGUACGGUCGCCGAGUAGCCGAGCGCCUACGAGACAGCAUCUUCCCUGCGAUUGGUGAAUCGAACGAUCCGUACGAGGCACUGGCAGCGCUGCAGUCCCUGGACUUGUUCCUGACCUAUAUCGAAGGACAUCUGACCGCUCUCUCUCCUGCGAGUCAGGCACUCUGGGAUUGUGAUUUCAUCGAUGCAGUCAAUUUUGCCCAGAAGGGCAUUCAACGGCAAAAAGGGUGGGUUAGCCAGCAUAUCAAAGUGAAAGCCCCACAGACGCUGCUGGUCCCGUCGGCGGCUCCCGAGGAAUUAAGUGGAGAGGAUUCUCGAAUGGCCGGGCAGAUUCGUUGUUGAUGAGCUUGACUAAUCAAAAAGCAGUCCGUUGAUUUGGCUGGGUAUUGAAGGAGCACGACUUUUGAGUUGAGCAAAACAGAGGCCAUAUUGCUCAUUGGACUCAGAGAAAGAAUUCUAAAGUCCAGGAAGGACAACUGCCAUUGGACAUUCCGAUACUAGCUGUAGCCACCAGUUUCCUCUGUCUUUUUUUCACAUAUGGUGAUAGUCAUCCAGUAUUCAAAUCGUCGCAGCCGGUCGGUUGCACAGACACCUGAGGCUAAAUCAAGGUGAAGGG